AUGGGUUGUUGUGUUAGCAGUAGCAACAGCAAACUACUACCUCCAACUAUAUCCAAUUCUUCACAACAAAGUGAAGAAGAAACAGUUAAAGAAGUUCUCUCUGAAACUCCCAAUAUACCAAAAUCAAAUCUCUACGUAGCUCAAAAUAGUCCCAAAAAAUCCUCACCCAUUUCGAAGUUUUCAAAUACCAUGGAAGAAGAAAAUCGCUACAAGAAUCACAUUUCGAAGAAGCCCGUUAUGCCUAACGCUAACUACAACCACCCCGAUGAUUUCUCUGAAGAAGCAUCCGAGAUCUGCAGCAGCACUCUCAGUGAAGUAACUACGGUAACCGACAAGCGAUAUGCAGUUGAAGAUGACGUCACUGAAGUCCGGUACCAGUCACCGGCGAAUUACCGGAACGGUUCCGUUCAAAGAAGUGUCGGAAACUCGCCGGUAAGAAGAUCCAAUCCGUCUCCGGGUCGGGUCAGGUCCGGAUCCGGAAGGGAAUCUGGGGUGCAAAGGAAGGAUAAUGGGGAAUGCUCCGGUAGGAGGUCGAGGUCACCGGGGAUGAGGACGGAUAAUGGUGGAUACGGGUUGGGUUUAGGGAGGAGUCCGUCGGUGAGGAAGACAGGUAAGUCACCGGGUCGGGUGAGAUCCGAAUUGGGUGAUCGGAUCCGGAAAAUGGAUGAAAGAGAUGGAAAUGGAGAAAAUAAAUGGCCACCACCGACAAAUGGAAAUGAAUCACUUGAAAAUCCACUUGUGUCAUUGGAAUGUUUUAUUUUUCUUUAA